AAACAAUUAUCAUAGUAAAUUAAACUGGUGAAUAAAUAAGAUUUGUGAAUUAAUAUUGAUAUUGUGGACUUAAAUUAAUUCAAAAAUUGAUUAUAGUGACCGGGUAUCUCAAGACAGGGAUUAAGAACGUUGAAAUGAAAUUGUGCAAACCAAACUGGAGACAAAUAUAAGGCAUGAGCAACUAUUACCGUAUUUGUCUGAAGAACUACAUAACUUACAUCCAUUAUAUAAAAUGCAAUACAAAUACAAUAACAAGGGAAAUUUAAAAGACUGAUGAUACAACACAGUGAAACAAUGUAACAGAAUAUCAAAUACGGUACAAUGCUCCAAUGGGCAUGUUUUCAAAUAAGUUAUUGCAGCUAACUUCCCAACCCACCAAAAAUCAUAGAUUCUUAUAUUUUAAGGAUUGUUUCCAAGUCUCGAAACAUAGCGCAACAACACAAUGGGAUCAGGUACUUCAAACAAUGCAGCCCAGGUUGCUAGGCAAUCAAGCAUGCCACUGACCCCAGGCACCAAGAAGAAACGUAAACCCACACGACAAUUAUUGAAGCGAGAUAAAUAUGGGGACGUGUUUUACUACGACAAGGAUCAAGACUGGUUUUACUAUCUAGACGCUAACGGUACAAAGUACUUCAAAAAUGAAAACGGAUUUCUGUUCUAUCUGGAUGAGAACGAUCAACCUUACGUGAUGGACGUUAAUGGGAAAAAGAUUUAUUUGGAUGAGAAUGGAGAACCAGUCAACUUAAACUCGGAACAGCUUCACUCUCAAUCUGAGCUGAACCAAGAAAGGAGAAGUGUGAAGAAUGACGAGAAUGUACCAUCAUCUGCUAGGGGAAUACGAGUGUCAGAAAACAAUCUGACUGAUAAACUAUAUUCCUCUCUGAGUUAUUAUAUCCAUUUGGGAGAUAGAGGCAGAAAUGGUGAAGAACAGAAAAUUGGUCAGGCUACAACACGACCAGAACCCAGAAGUCCUGAUUCUGCAAUACCUACCACAUCAAGUGAAUCUGUACAAUUCAAGCCCUCAAAUCAAACACCACCAUUGUUUGAAGGAGAAGAGUUAGGUCACGGACGGAUUCCGUCCGUGGAAAUCAUUGAUCAUCGUAACAGACCAGACACACCCACAACUAUUGACAGUAGUGAACUGUUUGAAGGCACUAUAUCACCAUACUCGAGCUUGUCGUAUGUGAGCAAAGAUUAUAACAGAGAGGCCCUAGUAACACCAACGUACCUUAAGGAUGAGACAGACUUGAUAGAGACACAGCUGACUGCACAAACUGAGGCAGAAAACAAGAUUCUUCAAAAACAGCUGAAAAUAGCACACGAAAAAUCUGCGCUCCCGAGGGCAAAGAACUUCAAGAAAUUAGGAAUGUUUCCAGUCAAAAUCCAGGAGGAUGUUUCUGACUGUGCAAUAAGUGGGGCAGCGUUUCUGCCAAACGGUCAGCUUGUGCUUGCAGACCGCAAGAACCAAAGACUCAAAUUGUUUAACCAAGAGCUAGAGUUUGUCACAUCCAUCUCCCCCGAUAUGAGCCUGCUGAAGAUAGCCAGCUGGCGAAAUGACUACCUAGUGCAUGUGGUGUUCAAAAAUGCUAUCUGCAAUGGGAUCAAAGUGUACCAAGUUGAAAACAACAAUUUCACUCACAAGAACACCAUGACCACACCAUGGCCAAUUGGCGCUAUUGGAAGGAGUAAUGCUGGAAUCGCUGUAAUGCAAUUCAAAGAAGACGCCUGGCAAAUUCAUUUGCUAGAUUUGAAAGGCAAGCUUCUGCAGGAAAUUGAUCUGAAGAAAGAGGGCUACACCCUGUCGCAACCGGAAUGCCUGUUCAUCAGCCAAGAAUUAAACUUUGUUAUCUCAGAUAGGGGUCAUAACUCUGUUUUAUGUUUCAAUAUGCAUGGGGAAGAACUCUUCAAUUACAAACAGCUUCGCGAGCCAUUGGGAGUCUGCAGCGAUGCAAAAGAUUCGCUGUUCAUUUCAGGCGCAGGCCUUGUGCAUCAGAUUUCAAAAUCAGGGGAGCGAAUCUGGCCUCUGAUGACAAGGGAGACAAUUGGGUUCAUUGCGGUCAAUAUUUCUUAUGACCCUGUUGAUGGAUUACUGGUGCUCAGUGGACUGAACAAUUCCGUGGCUGCUUUUGCUAUUCUUGAAACCUGACUGUGUAGCAAAGGAAGAUCUUUUUUUUGUGGUGGUGUU